AUGUUCUUGAAUCAGAGAGGAGAUGCUCCAAAGGAGAUUCUGAAUUGGAAGCUUUGGUAUGGAGUCUUCGGUGAGCAUCCACGUAUUCGUCCAGUCUUGAGUAGAUACUGAUAAGUUACAGUAUUUGGUCUCAUGGGCGCGGCCCGUGGUCUCGAUGAAGGCUUGAUCGGAACAAGCGCCUCGCAAAAGAGCUUCGUUAGCCUGUUCGGACUUAAAGACCCGUCGUUGAGCAAGACUGAACAGGCUAAUCUCCUAUCGAACAUCACAUCGAUGGUUCAGCUCGGAUCCAUUGGCGGUGCGCUUUUCGCAUUCUUCAUCACCGACAGAAUCGGAAGACUCUGGGCAACGAGACAACUCUGUGUGGUUUGGGUCAUCGGUAUCGCCAUCUUCCUUGCAGCAUCAAGCAAUGGCAGCAUUGGAAUGGUCUAUGCUGGAAGAUGUAAGAACAGGCUAUCACACUAGACCCACAACGUCCUCGCUGACAGCUUGCAGUCGUCGCCGGCCUUGGAAUUGGACAGACUACCGUUGUCGCUCCGUUGUAUCUAGCUGAGGUCGCACCAAAGUUCACCCGUGGCUUCUGCGUCUGCAUGUUUUCGGGUUGCGUCUACCUGGGCAUCAUGCUUGGCUACUUCGCAUCCUGGGGCUCCUCGAUCCACAUCAGCAACACGUCACAACUACAAUGGGUCAUCCCUAAUCUGAUGCAUAUCUACUUCGCCACAAUCAUAUUCGUGACUUCUUUCUUCGCGAUCGAAAGUCCGAGAUGGCUCGUGAAAGUCGGCGACCACGAGAAAGCUUCAAGGAACAUGUCCAGGCUUCGCAAUCUCCCCGAGGAACACUGGUAUGUGCAGUCGGAACUGCUCGACAUCAAUGACCAGCUGGAGCGCGAAAGGGAGGCUACCAGAGGUGCCCACUGGAGCGGCGUCCUCAAAGAGCUCGUCACGGAUAAAGCAAACCGCUAUAGGCUCAUGUUGUCCAUCAUGUCCCAGUUGCUCGGACAAUGGUCAGGCGCCAACUCAAUCACAAUCUACGCACCGGAAUACUUUGAGAUGGCUGGCCAGACAGGUCAGAAUGAAAAGCUCUUCGCAGUAAGUAGUCCCUUCCUCUCUCUCCUCACAGUCACUAUGUCAGCCUCGUACUAACACUCCAGCCCCCUAGACCGCCAUCUUCGGCAUCGUGAAAUUCGUCUCCGCCCUCCUCUGCGCCCUCUUCCUAAUCGACUUCAUCGGGCGCAAGAAAUCCCUCAUGACCGGAAUCUCCCUCCAAAUCAUUAGCAUGCUCUACAUGGCCAUCUUCCUCGUGGUAGACACCAGCGUAGACGACAACCCCGAACAACAAACGCAGUCCGACAAACGAGCCGCGACAGGCGCCAUCGUCAUGAUCUACCUCAGCGGCUUCGGCUGGGCCAUGGGCUGGAAUUCCAUCCAAUACCUCAUCAAUUCCGAAAUCUACCCGCUUCGUCUGCGAGCCAUCGGAGGGAGUCUGGCGAUGACGGUGCACUUCGUGAACCAGUAUGGGAAUUCCAAGGCCGUGCCGGAGAUGUUCCUGGGGAUGACGACGGGAGGGACUAUGUUUUUCUUCUCGGCCGUGACGCUUGUGGGGCUUGCUUGGGCCUGGUUCUUCCUUCCGGAACUGGCGGGCAAGAGUCUGGAGGCGGUGGAUGCGGUGUUUGAAUUGCCGUGGUACGUGAUUGGGAGGAAGGGGAAGAGUCUUACGGAGGGGAUGGGUGGUGCGGUGGAGAGCUACACGGCUGAUGGAGAGAAGAUUCAGGCUGUGGAGAGGGUGGAGGAUGUUGGUACACAUCGUGAGAAGAGCAAUGGUGUCUGA